AUGACUUGCAGUGGGAGCACGGCGCUGAUCGCUUUCCUGCAGUUGAGCUUGAGGCUCACAUCCGGCUUUAACAGCUCGACGGAGAUCAUCAUACUCAAUGCUUCUGAUCCUCUCUUUUCGGAUGCGAAUGUGCGCAUGAGCCAGGAUGGCAGCUGUGGGGCUGGAGCAGUACCGGGUUCGGUGAGACCGGCAACGCGAGGUAGAGAGAUACACCCACCCGACGGUGUUAGUGCCGACUGGACGUGGUCCGACAGUGGGACGCAGUACUGCGCCACUGAUAGCUGUGCUUACAGAGGGGACCUUGGCUCUGGGUCCUUCUGGUGCCCCUUGGCACCUGGCGACGACACUGCUGAGCGCUUGAAAUGCGAGUGCGAGCAGUGCCCCUGUCCCGCAGGGACCGGUGGUUUCCAAUGCGUCAACUGUGAGACAGACGAAGGUUGUGGAGAGGGUGGCAAAUGCAUGAGGUCCAUGCUCUUGGAUGGCCUGCAUGACAAGCAGUUCUCAUGCAAAUUCUCGGAAGAACUGGAGCGGUCUCCCACGUACCGUCUGUUUUGGUCUGGCGGUUGGUCGAGUCCGCAAUUCUUUGCGCAGUACUUUCCCUCGCAGGGAAUCGCGCGCUUGGACAUCGUCAACACAAUGUGCAGCCACCGUCAGCCUAUCCUUAUGCAGUGUGGGUGCACAGAGUGCGAUUCCCUGCUCGACGAUAUCGACCCGAUCACCAACGAGCAGAGUGGAGCCUGCACUGAUGGGAAUGUGCCAAGCCCUUGUGCCCGCUGCGAGAAGUGUGAGUGUACUUAUCCGGAUGAUUCCUGGCUUUCCUCCUUCACAAGGAUCAUCGUCGACGGCAUCCGCCGUGGUGUGCUGAUCGGUUGUGAGGACACAGGUUUCUGUCACGCCGUACUGGAUGACCUCCCUGCCCCGCUGUCUUUCGACUGUCAGACGGGCAUGUGCAUCCCAGACAACUCGACAGAAGAGGUGGUUAUUGCUCGACGAUCGAUUGACCUCUUUGGUCAGUGGACAACCGUGGCGUUGCUGAUUCUGUCGCUGGUUGUGUUGCUGUCUCUGUUCGUGCUGCUCUGCGUGGUCUUGGAUUGUCUGAGAACGAAGAGGCUGGCCGAGGGAGCUCUGCUGGACAUGCCGGGCGCGCCGUUGCCCGCCAUCGCCGCGGCGCAGGCGGCGCUCGGAGGCUUCGGCAGCACGCCGCCAGGUGCGACACUGGUCUUUAGCUGGCAGAACAUCAACUGCGCUCGAAAGGAUAAGCAGGUCCUGCAGAACGUCUCGGGUUCAGUAGAGUCGCUCUCCUCUGGGCGCGGCGCUCUGGUGGCGCUACUGGGGCCUUCUGGAAGUGGAAAGACGACGCUCUUAGAGGCACUGGCUGGCAGGAUGCAGCCGGGGGACUCCGGAGAGGUCCGCAUCAAUGGCAAGGAGAUGUCUGCCAGAAGCCGCCGGCGCCACGUCUCUUUCGUCUAUCAGGAUGAGAUCCUCGGCGCCACGCUCACCGUUCGGGAGGCCCUCGAGUUCUCCGCAGCCUUGCGGUUACGGUCGCUCAGUGCUACCAAACGGGCUGGGCGGGUCUCUUGGGCCCUGAAGAUGCUGAAGCUGGAGGAAGUUGCCGAUUCAAAGAUCGGAGACAGCCAUAGACGAGGCAUUUCCGGAGGAGAGCGACGCCGUGUGGCGAUAGGGGUGGAGUUGGUAGUAUCACCUCCGAUCAUGGUGCUGGACGAGCCGACAACUGGUCUUGAUGCCAGCUGCGCCUUGAUGCUCGGCCGGGUUUUAGCACAGCUUGCCGAGGGGGGUCGCCUGCUGAUCUGCAGCAUGCACCAGCCGCGGGCGGAGCUCCUACUGCUCUUCAAUGCCAGGCUUGACCUGGGCCAGUACGGAGACCAGCUGACCAAGACCACGGACCCCUGGUCACACAAGGAGGAGGACGACUGGAGCCCAGAGAGGGUGGUGCCCAACGAAAGGCUUGGGCAGGACGAGGACACUUCGAACGUGAACCCAGAGCUCGUGGAAGAAAUCAAGAAAGUAGUUAGCAGGCAAUCCUUUGGAAAGCAAACUGGCUGCAUGGCGGGCUUAUUCGCCGGCUUUGACGAUGACCUCUCCGAUGCCUUGGCCAUUGCCUCCCGUGCGACAGCGGGUGCAUCUCAAGCCAGCCUGGCCGUGCAGGUCUUCCUCCUAUGGCAGCGUAGCCUUCGCGAGGCCACCCGCGGCAACUAUGCAGGGGUUGUGGCUGCAGUUGUGGUCCUGACCAUUGCUUUCCUCGUCGGUUUCACGUUCAGGAAUCUGGAUACAGGCAUUGCGGGAGUACAGAACCGCUUUGGCUCCAUUUUCUUCACUCAGCUCUUCUUCAGCUUCUUCGGGCUGCAGGCCUGCACCCUUUGGUAUGUGGACCGUGAUCGACUUGAUCGUGAAAGAGCCUCGAAGCUCUACAAUGUAUUGUCAUACUUCCUCGCGAAAGGAUCGGCAUAUUUGUGGUGGUACUGCAUCUUCGUCCCGGCCAUGUAUGUCGGCAUCGUGUACAACCUCAUUGGCUUUCAGGGGAGUCUCUCGAAAAUGCUGACCUUCUACCUGGCCACGGCUGGUACCACUGCAGCUGCAAGCGGCGUGAGUCUGUUGUGCCUUUCAUUGACAAGUUCCUUUGCCAACGGCAUAUCACUAGCAGCAAUUUUCCUUACAGUGCUGCAGAUGUAUGCUGGUUUCCUCCAGCGGCGUGACGCGAUCCCCUGGACCUUCAGGUGGCUGAACGACGUGUCACCCUUUGCCCACGCUUUUGCCGCGAUGAUCUCCAGUGAGUUCACGGGCCUGGUGACGACGGUGGAAGCGACCGGUCAGGCAGCAGUGACUGUUUCCGGAGGUAUUUGGCCGCAACAGUUCAACGUGGACCCUACCCGAUUGGAGCACAACCUUCAGAUGCUGGGAGUUGUGGCCGGCAGCAUCUGGAUCCUGGCCUUCAUCCCCCUUUGGCUUCGGUGGUACCGCGUGAAGACUUACCACCGUUGUUUCCGGCCAACCACGCGAGACAGACCCAGCGACGCUUUAGAAGCCCCGUCCUGGGUGAGCAGCCGAGCGCAGGGCUCCGCAGCCUUGAUUUGGCAGGAUCUCCGAGCGACGCUGCCCAACGGAGCCGGCCUGUACGAUGGGAUAAGCGGCAUUGUGCACACCGGCAGGCCGUUGGCCGUGCUCGGCCCCUCCGGUUGCGGCAAAACGACCCUGUUGUCGUGCCUCUCUGGCGAGGUCACGAAGACGAAGUGGACUGGGUCGAUCUAUCUCAACAGGCAGAAGAUUGCGAGGAGGAAGCUUCGAAGAACUGUCGGGUAUGUGCGGCAAGACGAUGCCCUCCAUCCAGAGCUGACAGUGUCAGAGGUGAUCUCUUUUGCGGUCGCCCUCCGAAUGCCAAAAGCCAGUCGGAGAACAAGGCAUGAGCGUGUCACCUGGACACUUCACCGUUUGGGGCUGGAGGCAGUGGCGAACUCGAAAAUCGGCGGUCACAAGUUCCGCGGAAUUUCGGGUGGUGAGAGACGACGCGCAGCAGUUGGGGUUGAGCUCGCUGUGGCGCGCGGUGUUCUGGCGCUGGAUGAACCCACCAGUGGCUUAGACAGCAGCAGCGCUUUGGCUUUGGGAAGCUUGUUGGCAGAACUGGCUGCGGAAGGCGUCAUUUUGCUGGCCUCCAUGCACCAGCCUUCUCCCGACCUGCUCGCCUAUUUUAGCUCCACAAUGGUCCUGGGAUCGCAUGGCAGAGUGGCUUACUUCGGACCAUCCGAGCAGCUGCCGACGUAUGCUUCGCCGUUUCGCAAGCUGAAUCCUGGGGUAAGCAGUGCAUCGGACCUUCUGUUGGACGUCAUCUCCGGACCCCAUCAAGACAAAGUGUUCGAGGGCUUCCACAAGACGAAGCAUGCAGAUGAUCUCCAAGAUGACAUUCAGAAAGUGCUCAUGAUGGCCUCCGAGGACGACAUGGAGGUCAAGUCGGCGGCAAUGCCACCGGUUUGGGUGCAACUGAGACAGCUGCUGCUGCGAGAGCUUCAGAUCAGCAGGAGCCUGGCUGCCUACACCUACUUCGAGGCAACCAUAGCCGGCGUGCUACUCGGCGUGACCUACUACCAGAUGUCCGACCGCCUGGCCGGAGUAAUCAGUCGGCUUGGCCUCAUCUUUGCCGUGCACUGCACCUUGGGAAUGCAGGCUCUUCAAGGUCUCCUAGCAUGGCGAGAUGGUUACACCAGCUACAGACGAGAACGCGCAGCAGGAUACUACUACACGGGCAGCUUCGUCAUAGCGAAGGUGGUCGUUGAUGCUAUCCUCCUGAGAGUUGGACCACCUGCCCUCAUGUGCAUAAUUGUCUACCUCCUGGCCAGCAUGCACCCAGGGAGAGAGGCGGUCUGCUGUUUGGGCUUUUGCCUGGCCUCUUUCGUCUCAUCAACUUUCUGCCUUGCGUUGGGAGCUACUGCUCCAAGAUCCGGAGUGGUACUUCCCCUGGCAGUGCUUCUGAUCCUGAUUUUCUUGCUGAUUGGUGGACCACUGCUGGCCUCCGGCAACGAUGUGCUUCGGAACAUCUCGAUCUUCAGGGCGUCAUUUAACAUGGUGGCUGCCAACGAGAUGCGCGGCCUAGACUUCGUGUUCGAUCCCGAGGGUGUGGUCACCACGCUCGGCAGCCGCUCUGGCGAGGAUUGGAUGACGGAUUUGGGCAUCAGGGACAACCCCAUCGGCGAGGAAGUCGGUUGGCUCCUGGGUUGGUCCUUCUUUUACAUUCUGGUCGCCUGGGCGGUGCUGGCUGCACGAUCGGUCACUUCUUCCGAUUUCUCGCUGCUUUCACUUUUCUGGCGCAGUGGAAAUGCGAUAAUUUCUGCCGAGCAGCCGCAAGGAAAGCAGCUAGGACGCCGGCGAAGCACUGCAAGCGAAUGA